GGACCAGUGGUGGGAGUGGAUCUCUGCUCAGAGCGGACUGGACCGACUGGAGGAGGAAACACUCAUCCAGCCGCUGGAGUUAGCUGGCUAACUGGCUGCUAGCUAAUCUGAAGCUAAAAUGUUUCCUCUCCGCGCUUCGCAAACUGAACGGGACGGUCGCGGGGUCGAAGAGUUGUGCCAUGACGUUUGCUGUUGAUGUUUCCGAGCCUUGAGUUAUGCUCUCACGAAAGAAAAGUAAAAACGAAGCGUCGAAACCAGCAGAGGUACACGGGAAAUAUGUGAAGAAGGAAACGUCGCCGCUCCUCAGAAAUCUUAUGCCCUCAUUCAUCCGUCAUGGACCCACUAUUCCCAGACGCACAGAGGUCCCUCUGCCAGACGUGGGGCCCUCUGCCUACCCUGUGGCACCCAUCCGGGAGCCUGUGGUGUCCCGCAACAAGAGCUUUCUCCGCAACCCCGUGCAAAGGCCUCCUCAUGAGGUGGCCCGAAGGGAGAGCCACCGAAUGUCAGCACCUCCCUACCUGCCUCGCAGUCUGGGAGACCUGCCCCGCGAGUAUGGAGGCUCCUCACAGUCCUUCCUCACAGACGUGAGCCCCAUGUCCGAGAACGGAGAUGCUGCGCGGUAUUAUUACCCCUCUGAACCUUACUAUGACAACCAGCAGCACCAACAGCAGCAGCAGCAUCAGCAACGCCAGCCCAGGAGGGUCCCGGACCGCUUUCCUGAGGACUAUAGAUACUAUGAACACAAUGAACACAACUUCCAAAGACUUCCACGACAACACACUCCCCCAGCUCCCAGCAGACCCCCUUCAGGCAUAGGUCGAAUACAGGCCAAGUCCCUCGGGAACCUCUCCAGUCUAGGGGGAGAGGACCUCCCCCUUCCGGCCGGCUGGACCGUUGACUGGACCAUCCGUGGCAGGAAGUAUUACAUUGACCACAACACGAACACUACACACUGGAGCCACCCUCUGGAGAGGGAAGGGCUCCCUCCAGGCUGGGAAAAGGUGGAGUCGGCUGAGUUUGGGGUCUACUAUGUGGAUCACAUCAACAAGAGGGCACAGUAUCGACACCCCUGUGCUCCGAGUGUGCCCCGCUAUGAUCAGCCUCCACCGUUGCCGCCUCCUGUGACCUAUCAGCCGCGUCCUGCAGAGAGAAACCAGCCGGUGCUGGUGCCAGCCAACCCGUACCACACAGCGGAGAUCCCAGACUGGCUGCAGGUCUACGCCCGUGCCCCACUCAAGUACGACCACAUCUUGAAGUGGGAGUUGUUCCAGCUGGCAGACUUGGACACGUAUCAGGGCAUGCUGAAGCUGCUCUUCAUGAAGGAGCUGGAACACAUCGUCAAAUCCUACGAGGCGUACCGGCAGGCGCUGCUGUCAGAGGUGGAGGCACGCAAACAGCGGCAGCAGUGGUACGCCCAGCAGCCCAACAAGAACUUCAUUGGGAACAUGUGAUGUGUGUGUGAGCGCGGGGACGUCUCGCUGCCACGCCUCUCUGAGGUUUCCACAGUUUGGGAGCGGUCAGGGUUUUACUUUGAAAUCGUGAUUGACUCUUAAUUGCCUCUUUACCAAACACAUCUGUGCCUUCGCUUGAUCCAAAUAUAUCAGCCAGGAAGUCACAUUGGCUGGGGGCCCCUCGUCCCCCCAUGUGUGACACUCGAUGUCUGAACGACCAUGUGACUGAAAAACACUCCAAUGAAGAAGAAGAACCGAAAAUGUGCUGCAUGUGGGGAGACUGCUUCUGGUGCCAUUUACAGCCCUGAGAACUGAUUGCUGUAUGGAUUUCUGUUUUUAAGACUUGAGGAGAACAGAGUCCGAAAAAUGGCGGAUAUUUGUUCAAAAACAUCCUGAGAUUGUGCCUUUUUAAUAAAGUAAAAGCAGCAUUUUUACGAUGUCUGCUCACGUCUUGUAUACACCAGCUACUCCGUCAUUUUUUCCUGCGGGGGAAAGUGACUGGCAGCUCCUUCUAAUUUGUUUCUAUAUGAAAUACUUCAUGACUAUUUUUUCCUUUGCUUUGAUCAUAAACUGAAACCGCACUCUUACAUUAAAGUGUGCAUUUUUCUUUUUUGUAUGACAUAUCCUUCUAAGACAAUCCACCAAAACUUUCACAGAUAUUUAAGUUUUGAUAUGAAACACGUCUUUAUUUAAAAGACCUUUUGUUGGAUGAAGCAUCACAUUUGAUGCAGUGGUUUGAGCAUCUCUUGGCUCUCGGCAUUACUCUAAGUCAGGAAUAUUCUUGUGUGUGUGUGUGUGUGUGUGUGUAUAAUGAAACAUAAAUAAGCUACUGGAACUUUAUAAAAUCAGACGACACAUUAAGUUUGCCAAACAAGUGCAAUUUAACUUCUCCUUGUUUCAUUCUUUCUGGAUAUUUCUCGCCUUGGUAAUGCCUUAUUUUUAUGGACUGGCGCGUCUCUUCUGUGGAAGAAGUGCAGGUUCUUGGAAGCAUAUUUUACUGAUCACUAAUCAGUCAUCUUAGGCCCCUCGUGGGAUUCUCAGAAAUGUUUUUUUAAGCUGGGAGUUUUGUCUACUCAAGAAUAAUGCUAGCUCCAUUCAGUUCACUCGCCAGGGUCAAAAAGGCCAAAUGACUUUCAAGAUGUACCACAAUUUUAACACUAAGAUAAGGAAACAAAAGAGUUAAUACAAAUCCAGACAUUUCUGAAUGUCCUAAAAGGCUGCCUGAUUAGUUAACAGUGGGGUAUGUAUUUCUAGAGAGCUGUGUUUCAGUGAGUCCUUAACUACGCAAGAAGGUCUCAAUCACAUCUUUUCAGAGCGGUGUCAUCAGUUUGUACAUAUCUGAUUUUGUGGAUUGCAAAUACAGGACAAUAAGCAAUAAAGUCUGCAGUGAAGAAAAAUAAAACCUCUGACUGUGC